GGGUCUUCUUGCACCUCGGGUCACGCCUCCUUGGCCGAGAAGGCGCCUUGCCUUUGAUUGCUUCCAGUUACUGCAGAACUUCCUGCCCUGGUGGGGAAGCGGGUCUCGCUUGGGUCGGACUUGCUCCUGGUCUGAGGAGUGAGACUGAGAUCACUCUGUCCUGGCUCUAGAAGUCAGAGAGGUUUGGAGAACAGAAUCUACGAGCCAACGUGCCCUAAGUGAAGGGUCCCAAGUGAGAUCCUAACUCCUCUUGCAUCCACACUCCUACGGAUUUUGCGCUUCCCCUGGGAUCACUUGCUGGGAGAUGGCCGGGCUGAUGCGGGGCAAGGAUUCAUCCCGUUACCUGCUCCUACUGGCCGCGGUGCUGAUGGUGGAGAGCUCACAGCUUGGAAGCUCACGGACCAAACUCAACUCCAUCAAGUCCUCUCUGGGCGGGGAGACGCCUGCCCAAGCUGCCAAUCGAUCUGCGGGCAUGUACCAAGGACUGGCUUUCGGCGGCAGUAAGAAGGGCAAAAACCUGGGGCAGGCCUACCCUUGUAGCAGUGAUAAGGAAUGUGAAGUUGGGCGAUAUUGCCACAGUCCCCACCAAGGAUCCUCAGCUUGCAUGGUGUGUCGGAGGAAAAAGAAGCGCUGCCACAGAGAUGGCAUGUGUUGCCCUAGCACCCGCUGCAAUAAUGGAAUCUGCAUCCCAGUCACUGAGAGCAUCUUAACCCCACACAUCCCAGCCCUGGAUGGCACUCGACACAGAGAUCGAAACCAUGGACAUUACUCAAACCAUGACUUGGGGUGGCAGAAUCUAGGACGACCACACUCUAAGAUGCCACACAUAAAAGGGCAUGAAGGAGACCCCUGUCUGAGAUCAACAGACUGCAUUGAAGGGUUUUGCUGUGCCCGUCACUUCUGGACCAAAAUCUGCAAACCAGUUCUCCAUCAGGGGGAAGUCUGUACCAAACAGCGCAAGAAGGGUUCUCAUGGGCUGGAAAUUUUUCAGCGGUGUGACUGUGCAAAAGGUCUUUCUUGCAAAGUAUGGAAAGAUGCCACCUACUCAUCCAAAGCAAGACUUCAUGUGUGUCAGAAAAUCUGAUCACCAAUGGGGAAAAGCACAACUAGCUGACUGUGAAUUUGUGUAUUUAAUGCAUUAUAGCAUGAUGGAAAAUAAGCGCUGAAACUCAUAAGAUGAUUAGAAUGUGGCAUGUAAUAAAAAUGCAGGUUAUAGAGAGAGAAAAAAAAAGAGAACUGAGUGAUUGAGAAUGGGUGACAAAUG